UAAAAACUAAUAUUAAACUCCAAAAACUACUAACAGAAUAACCAAACAAGAAAAAAACUGAUCCAGAAAGUCACUCUUGUUUUCAUCAUGUUUAUGAACUCCAGCCCAGUUAGAAGAAGACCUUCCUCCUCACGACCAGAGCGGACUGAGACGCUCCAGGGAGGAAUUUCACAACAUAUCAGCUCAUUUUGUCCAACAGAAAGCAAAGCUUUUCCCUGGAUGUUAGGUUUAAUGGAGCAGGAAAGCCACCCGACCGCGGAGGAUUUUGGAGAGACGUCGGCCAUCGUUGGCCACGCCCUGAUGAAACUCCAGGAUGUUGUCGCUGUGGCGGUUCUACGGGCACGUCAGACACUCCUGCAGGGGUUCACGGUGUUGUCCUUCGUGCUGCUGCUCCUUUGUGUCGCUGCUUUUUUGUACGGGAGCUUCUACUACUCCUACAUGCCCAUGGCCACCUUCUCUACACCUGUGCACUAUUACUACAGGACAGAUUGUGACUCUCCAACUUCUUUCCCGUGCUCCUACCCUGUAGCCAACGUCUCUUUGUUGAGAAACAAGAAACAUGUGCUGACAUUCGGUCAGGUGUAUCGCAUCUACCUGCAGCUGGAGAUGCCCGAUUCUCCAACCAAUCAGCAGGUGGGGAUGUUCAUGACCAAGACCACCUGCUUCUCGCAGGAUGGAGGGCAGGUCGCGGCGUCCACUCGCUCUGCCAGCCAGCUGCAGAAGGCCUCCAGCUCUCGUGUCGGCAUGCUGCGGUACCGAUCGGACCUGCUGAAGACUUUGGGAACGCUGCUGUUCCUCCCGGUCUUCCUGAGCGGAGCAGCCGAGCAGAAACAGGUUGUGGAGAUGGAGCUCUUCUCAGAAUACGUAGACGACCCUUAUUCUCCCUCGGUCACAGCUCUCAUAGAGAUCAUGUCCAGCAAGGUCCAGAUCUAUUCUUCUCAUCUCUACGUUCACGCUCAUUUUACUGGUAUCAGAUAUUUGCUCUUCUACUUCCCCAUCCUCUCAGCCUUUGUGGGCGUGUUCACCAACUUCAUCUUCCUCAGCUUCCUCUUCAUCCUGAGCUACAUGCGGCAGCUGUGGAAGGUGGGGCAAAACCCAGAGCAGGUCACAGCAAACAGGUAUCAGCCAGAGAUGAUGGGAAACACCAACCAGUUACAGGAGGAAGAGGAUGCAGAGCUGCUGGGUCCUCUUCAGAACCCGGGUCUGGGGGGAGAAGACCCCCAUCUGCCACUUUUCAAAUCCUCAGAGCUGCACAACGGAAACAUCGCCGAGCAGUCUGAAAUAACCGAUUCUGAGGUUUCAAAUGAGGAAGAAUAGAGAACGUGAUCGGUCAGGUCCUGAAAGGAUGUAUAAAUGAUACAAGUUAUUUCACACCAUAAAGCGUCAUCUGUUUACGACACGUUUGUGAACUUCAUCUGUAAAUGAGCAGCUUCUGUACGCUACAAAGAUUACAAAGAGGCAACUGUAAACACCUCACAACUUAAAUACAGAUAUAAGCUGCUUUGCUUCAAUGGUUCAUUUCAGAUCCCAUCAAGAGCUUUAAUUCUGGUUUGUCUCAUUGUUUUGACAACCUUCUGGAUUAAUAUUCAGUGUUUGUUUUUUCUUCGCAGCCUUGCUUUGACCACUGAAGAACUUGUUCUGACGUUUUAUUGUAGAGCUCAGCAUUAUGUUGCUGUUUGGUAUUUUUUAUCUAUGCAAACAGGCAUUCCUGACCCCACAGCAGCAGAAGAUCCUCAUUUUAGUUUUGUAAAUAUUUUUGAUUGCUUAUUCACUUCAGCUACUUAUACGUGGUCCAGAAGGUUAAUGGUUUUAGGUCAAAUUCAUGAGUAAAUAUAAUAAAAGCUCCAUCAGUCUUCAAA